AUGAAUGUCUUCCCAUAUGGAUCAGUUCCACUAAAAACAUAUCUUCCUGAUGGAGAUAUUGAUUUGACUACCCUUAGUUGUCCAAGUGUUGAGGAUGCCUGGGUAUCUGAUGUUCAUGCUGUUCUGAGGGAAGAAGAACAUAAUGAAGCUUCUCGGUUUGAAGUGAAGAAUAUCCAUUGCAUUGAUGCUGAGGUUAAGCGUGUGAAAUGCAUUGUACAGAAUAUCAUGGUAGAUAUAUCGUUCAAUCAGUUAGGAGGACUUUGUACGCUUUGUUUUCUUGAACAGGUUGAUCGCCUUGUUGGUAAAGAUCAUCUCUUUAAGCGCAGCAUUAUUCUGAUAAAAGCUUGGUGCUAUUAUGAAAGUCGUAUUCUUGGUGCCCAUCAUGGUUUGCUUUCAACCUAUGCUUUGGAGACAUUGGUCCUUUAUAUUUUCCAUCAAUUUCAUUCUUCCCUAAAUGCACCUUUAGCAGUUCUUUACAGAUUUUUAGAUUACUUCAGCAGAUUUGAUUGGGAAAGUUAUUGUAUUAGUUUAAGUGGACCAGUUUGUAAAUCUUCUCUACCUGAUAUUGUAGCUGAGGUACAAGAAAAUGGGGGAGAUGAUCUAUUGCUAAGUGAAGAAUUUCUCAGAAACUGUGCCGAGAUGUUCUCAGUGUCCCCAAAGGGGUCUGAGACGAAUUCACGAGCAUUCACCCAGAAGCAUCUUAACAUUAUUGAUCCACUUAAAGAAAACAACAACCUUAGGCGUAGUGUCAAUAGAGAGAACCCGCAAAAUAUUAACGGAGAAGAUUGCUCAAUUGAAUUCAGCCAUAGACAAUGUUUCUGCUUAGCUUCAUGGAGAUGAUGCCCCUAAUGGAGCUGCAGUGAAUUCAAAUGAAGUUGGAGCUUCAAUGUAAUAGAAUAUUUGUUGUAAUUGCCAUAUAAACCGUCACUACUUACGUGUGAUUAGUACUAGAAAAACAAUGUUUUGAAUCCUUUAUCCCUUUUAAUUUUAUAUUCGGUUAAUAAAUUCAGGUUGAUUGUACUUAUAUAAAAAAUUUACUAGAAAUGAUAGCAA